CUUCUACCCCCAGCGACCUUUUCUGAUCUCCGCGCAUUUAUCCACGACCGCGUUGGACGCAUCCCAGCAACUCCCAAAGGCGAUGCUAGCGCAUCCCUAUUGACCGCCUUGACCCACGCGCGUCAGCUACUACCACUACCACCUUUACCUACCUACGGACCUUGAAACCUCAUCAAUCCUCACCAUCAGCAACACUCAAAAUGGCCUCACCCACGCACGGCCAACCACCCACCACACAACCCAUCACACCCCCCGCCGAACCCAGCAGCACCCAACCCACCGCCACACAAACCAGCAACACCACCACCACCGCCCCGAACCCCACAACCAGCACCAGCACCAGCACCAACCCCCCGAACACCAGCAAUGCCGCCCCCAUCGCCCAACCCACGCAAAUCCCCUCCACUUCAUUAAAAGACACCGGCAAAUCGCGCCGUCCGCGCGACGUCCGCCUCAUCCACAUGCUCCUGUCCUCACUCGGCGUCACGGCCUACCAAGAGCGCGUCCCUCUCCAACUCCUCGACUUCGCCUACCGCUACACGUCCUCGGUGCUCCAAGACGCCGUGCACCUCGCGACAGAAGGCUACGCGGGCACCACGGACCCGGGCUCCUCGACUCGCGGCGCCUCCGAAGUCAACACCGUGUCGCUCCCCGCGCUCCGACUGGCCAUUGCUUCCCGUCUGCAUUACCAGUUCCAGGCGGGCCUGCCGAAGGAGUUUUUGAUGGAUGUGGCGGCGGAGCGGAAUCGGGUUGCGUUGCCCGGGGCGAGUCGGGGGUUUGAUAAUUUGGGGGCGGUGAAGCAGGGACAGGCGAAUCAGAGUGUGGUUAUGGGGGGGAUGAGGUUGCCGCCGGAGAGGUUCUGUUUGACGGGUCUUGGGUGGGGGAUGAAGGGGGAGUGGGAGAGUGAGGGGGAGGAAGAGGAGGAGGAAGUGGAGGUUGGGGAGGGGGGUGUUGGGGGUGGUAGUGGUGCUGGGGGAAGGGAGAAUGGGUUGGUGGGGGUUAAGGGGGAGGAUGAUGAGGGUGGGGAAGGGGAUGAGGAUGAGGAUGGGAAGAUGGAGGAUGUGUUUGGGGAGGAUACGGUUAUGGGGGAGGGAGAUGGAGCGGGGGGUGGUGAUGGGGAUGGGGAUAAGGCUAUGACGGAUGUUUAG